GUGCCAUCUUGUCCCGCCUGUCCCGUGUGCUCGUUGGCGUGCGGGUCGCCAGCUCCUUGCCCAGGGUGCUCGCUGCAGUGCCCAGCGAUCCCGCCGUGCGCGGAGGUCGCCCCGGCGGUGUGCCCCUCGCCGCCGCCCUGCCCAACGCCGGCGUGCCCGGCGUGUGGGGCCUGCCCCGCGCCAGAGGGACGCUCGUCCGCGUGUUCGGCAGCCUGCUGGCUGCAUCAGUGAUGGCGGCGGUGGCGACGAGUCGCUGGGUGUACGUCUUCUACGCAGGCGAGGUGGUGUGGCACCAGCACUUGAAUCUGGGGCGGGUGGCAUUGUCCGAGGCCGACCACGUCAUCUACACGGCGGACGGCGAUCUCUACAUCGUCGCGUUGUCCAACAAUGCGGAUGUGCAGGCGGCGCGGUUCGGUGCCUUCAACCCGCCGCCUCCAGGGAUCGCGGGCAACCAGGUGCUUUUUUGGUUCAGAGCCGAGCCGACGGAUGCGGAGCUGGCCCAGCUCACCCUGGAGGCGGAGCAGAUCGCCACCGCGGAGUGCCGUGCCAGAGCUGCCGCCAUCGGCAACCUCGGCCUGCUCACCAACCUGCGGCCGCUGGUCGCGCCUGGAGGAGGAGGAGUGGUGGCCCCCAUCGCGCCCGCGGGCCCUGCGCUGGGCCUGCUGCGCGGCGCUGCCGCGCUCCCCGCUGGUGCGCCUGGAGGUGACCCCGCUGGGGUGUGGAGGGCGGCCGCCUGCGAGGGCGGAUAUCGGAUUGGCGAUGAGGUGCCCGGGCACGUGCCCACUGCAGCUCGAGUCCAGGAUCGGGACAUUCAUGUGCUGCCAGACGGCCAGGGCCUGUUCGUGGAGUUGGUGCCGCCAGCCGCCCUCGAGACCUUCCUGCGUAAGGCUGUAGAUGCGGACGCCAGGAUCUUGCCCAUUGUUCGAGAUGGGCAGGGUCGCCGCGACGCCCCGUGGCACAAGAUGGUGGAGAUGACCCGCCGGGAGGACUUCGGCUCGGACUGGACGCUGCCGGGCCCGAGGACGGCCGCGUGGUGCAUGAGCUACCUGCAGCGGGAGGGCCUCGGUAUAGAGGGCCAUCACGAGCACUGCAGGCAGAUCAGCAGGCUCGCCGCCACGGAUUGGGGAGUUCAAGAACACUACCAGCUGUGCCAGCAGAUCAAGGCGGCAACCUGCCAGGACCUCCUAGACGGGACGAACUCGAUCAGCAUCGAGAUGAAGUUUAGGAGGCCCCAGACCAUCGAGUCCGCCCACUGGGGCAAGGCCAAAGACGCCGAGAGCAAGGGCGUUGGUGGCAAGAUGAGUCUGGAGGAGCAGGCCGCUUUCUCUGGUGUCACACGCUCGACUUCGUCGGUGAUGGUAUCUCCAGAGUUGAUCGAGCAUGUCCGCGGUGACGUUGAGAAGGAAGCGAAGCUACACAAGAGUUUGCGCCUGGCCCGCGAGGACGUCCACGGCAUUGGCAGGCGUCGGCCCCGGGACAUCUUGCCACUGCCCUACCCCCCGUUCAAAGAGCCGCUGGAUAAGGCGUCGGUCAAGGAGCUCGCCAGAGAAGCGCUGGUGCAGCUUCGCGUGGCCGGGGGUGCCUGCAAUGUCGAGCAGUCGCCCCUCGGGAGCUACGACCCCGCGCUCCUCUCCUUGCCUGACGUCAGUGCCGCCCCUGUGCCGCUGGCCGACGUGCGGGGGGAGGGCGGGCAAGCCAAGGUCGAACAGUUCGUUCUGCAGAGCUUGAUGGAUCCGAGCGAGUUUGGAGGGCGGCGUUCGAGCCGAGAUUUUCUUUGUGAAAACAAGGGAGGCCGCCUUCGCAUGGUGGCGGACUGCCGCCGCUCCAACGAGGUGUUCACCGAGCCCCUGGGCGCGCGGCUCGCGACGGGCGACGCCUUCGGCAUGCUGGAGGUGGCGGCGGACGACUCUCUCCUGACAGUGGAGGGUGCCGACCUGGAGGACGCCUUCUACCACCUUGAGCUCCCCGAGCAGCUCCGUCCGUGUUUCAGCCUGCGACCUGUGCGCGCUGGCGUCCCGGGCAUCAAGGAGGUCGGCGGGGUCGCUGUCGGGGCCUCCACCAAGCUCUACCCGCGCCUCAGGGUCGUGCCCAUGGGUUGGUCCUGGGCCACGUGGUGGCGUCAGUCGGUGAUGGAGCGAGUGGCAGAAGCAGCAGGCUGCGGUGAUGACUCACGACUUCGAGAUGGCAGGCCUGCGCCCUCUUUGGACCCAUCGUGUCACCUUGAGUACGUCGACAACUUCGUGAGCAUCGGCUACGACGCGGAGGCGGUUCGGUCCGCUGUGACUCGUGUCAUGACGGAGCUCAAGCGCCGAGGUUUGGUGGUGACCAGGGAGGAGCACCUCGGUGACAGCGAGGGCGAGUCUGCGGUGCUGGAUUGGUCCAUCACUGCGGCUGGGCGUCUCUCGGCGUCUGCUUCGAGAUUGUGGAGGGCGCGGUUAGCGGUGCGUGGUCUUCUGCGGCGCGGCCGGGCCAGUGGUCGUGAUCUCGAGCGCGUGCUGGGCCACAUCAUCUUCGUCAUUCUCGCUCGGCGUGAGGGCUUGAGCAUCCUCGAGGCGAGUUUCCGCUUUGUCCAGAAGUACUACCACCAGCAGGUGCCGCUCUGGUCUCAGGUCAGGCAGGAGAUCAUGGCCAGGGAUGGCGUCGCUCCUUUGCUAUGGCGUGAUCUCCGUGCUCAGUGGUCGUGUUCCGUCGGCUGCGUUGACGCCUCCCCUUGGGGGUUGGGCGCCUGCGAGGCCGAUUGGGAUGUCGGCGCUGUUCGGGAGGUUGGUCGUCAUGGCGAGCGGUGGCGCUAUGGCAGGGCUGAGCGCUUGCCUCCUCGUCGCCGCGCCCAUGCCGCUGAAUGUGCCGCCGACGGGGUCGCAGCCUGUGACCUAGGGAUCGUAGCGGCCCAGCUCGAUCCUGGCUGUCCGGCGGAGGACAGCCAGCCCGUCGGCCCGCCGCUGGAGCGCGACCUGCUCGCUUUCCCCGAGGUCUCGAAGAAAUGCCUGGACAAGUCGUUGUGGCGUGUCACGGGACGAGAACCUAGUCUCCCUUCUGCUGUCAUUCUAAAGGAGGGCCUCGGCAAGACCCCGAAGUACAAGGGGGGCGCUCGCAAGCGACCAGCCGCGGCCGCGAGCUCGCCGCCGGCGGGGGCUUCCCUGGCCCGUGGGGCGCGCAAGGCUGGCUUGCAGUCGCCGACGCUGCCAGUGCUCCAGGCAUCGCCCGCGAGCCGCCAGGGCUCGAGCGGUGGCCCCACGCCGCGGCAGCGGGCCCGGCUGAUCCAGCCGCCAGCGGGCAUGCCAGUGCUCAACGCGGCAUCUGUGCGCACGGUGUCGGGGCGUCAGGCCUACCUUUCGACGCUGGUGGGUUUCGACAACUGGACGAGACAGCAUCGACGGGCUACACAGGAGCCUGCCCAGAUGGACCGAGCGGUCCGCGACUACAUCAGCCAUCUCUUCGAGCGGGGGUAUCACCAGACCUACGCCAACCGUAUGAUAGCGGCGGUGGCGCGGCGCGAUCCGCGCUAUGCCAGAACGGGCCCGUUCGAGCUACCGCUGUCCAAGCAAGCCGCCAAGGGGUGGCGCAACCUGGCCCCAGCUCGCAGCCGAAUGGCCCUUCCGUACGAGGUCGUCGCCAUGGUGGUCAACUACGUACUCCAUCAGCGCGGCGCCCCGGAGGCGCUCGCGAUCUGGCUCCUCUUCGAGAUCUACGGCCGCCCAGGCGAGAUCCACGGGCUUCGCCUGCAGGACGCGGUGCCGCCGGCGCCGUCCGCGUCAGGGGCUCACCGCUACACCUCGGUGACGCUCCACGCGCAGGAGGUCGGCGACGUCUCGAAGACGGGGGGGCUCGACGCAGCGAUCCGUCUCGACCUCGAGCGCCAGGCAGGCCUGGCUGCGGCCCUGCUGGCGAUGGCCGCCGCGCGGCGCCGCGCGGGAGCGCCGCCCUGGGCGCCGCUGUUUGCAGUCGACCAGCGCAGUGUGGCCAACGCAUGGCGCGGGGCUGUCACCGCCCUCGGCCUCCGGAAGCUGGGCGCCUGCCACGUCUACCAGCUCCGCCACUCAGGCCCAAGCCACGACUACGCAGCAGGGCUGCGCGACCUGGAGCAGAUCAGGCGGCGUGGGCGCUGGAAGAGCUGGAGCUCAGUCCGCAGGUUGGCGAAGGGCGUGUCGACCAGCGCCCGGGGCGACGGCGGCGUGAUGCCUGCUGGCAGCGUCGAG